AUGACGAACGCGCGAGGGCCAAACUCUUCUGUAACUCCAUCCGCAACUGCGUCAUCAGGAGUUUUGAUGGUCGGACCUAAUUUCAAGGUAGGAAAAAAAAUUGGAUGCGGUAAUUUUGGAGAACUACGUUUAGGAAAGAAUUUAUACAAUAACGAACAUGUGGCUAUCAAGUUAGAACCCUUGAAGAGCAAAGCGCCUCAGCUUCAUCUCGAAUAUCGUUUUUACAAACUGCUUGGCCAGCACGAAGGACUGCCGCAAGUGCAUUAUUUUGGACCAUGUGGGAAAUACAAUGCUUUGGUAAUGGAAUUAUUAGGACAUUCUUUAGAAGAUCUCUUUGAUUUGUGCGAUCGGAAAUUCUCAUUGAAAACUGUUGCAAUGAUUGCAAUGCAGCUGAUGAGGCGCAUUGAAUAUGUACAUAUGAAGCAUCUGAUUUAUCGAGAUGUAAAACCGGAAAAUUUCCUAAUCGGACGGCAUUCUACUAGGAAGCAGCACUUACUUCAUAUUAUCGACUUCGGUCUUGCAAAAGAAUACAUUGAUUGUGAUACUGGUAAGCACAUUGCAUACAGGGAACAUAAGUCACUGACAGGCACGGCGAGGUACAUGUCAAUAAACACACAUCUGGGUAAAGAACAGAGUAGAAGGGACGACUUGGAAGCGCUUGGGCAUAUGUUCAUGUACUUCUUGCGUGGAUCAUUGCCUUGGCAAGGUCUUAAGGCGGAUACUCUCAAAGAACGGUAUCAAAAGAUUGGUGAUACCAAACGAGCAACUCCAAUUGAAGUACUUUGCGAGGGCUUUCCUGAGGAAUUUGCUCAGUAUUUACGAUAUGCACGUCGAUUAGACUUCUUCGAAGCGCCAGACUACGAAUAUUGUUAUAAUCUGUUUAAGUCAGUGCUUGAUAGACUUGGUUAUACAUACGAUUACGAGUUUGAUUGGACUCUAAAGCUCAAUCAAGCGUCAACUCCUUCGGGUUCUCUUCAUGCCGGUGAAGCACACAAAGGAGAGGGAAAACGGGCUGGUAUUACGAAAGGACGACAAAAUGAAACCCUCAAACCGUCCAAUCAAGGCGCUGUACAACAGGGUGGUUUUGGCUCUACCCAAGUAAUCAAUUCAAAUGUGGGCGAAGUGAUGGAAGACAAUGGUGGACGGUCACAACAACCCGUCACACACCUAGAAGAUAAUAGUGAAGUGAAGUGUUGUUGCUUCCGACGACGAAGGCGAAAGACUCCACAGCAAAAAUGA